GACUAAUGGUGAGCUUUUAUAAAAGGCGGGACGUGUUUUUCCAGUGGUUAGAGGUUUUCUGUAAACCUUGGAAAUUAGAGCUCAGGUCUGUGUGGAGCACGCGAUCAGAAGAAACCAUCAUGGUUCGCGAAAUUACAUCUAAGGCGGAGUUUGAUGCAGUUCUGGCCAGCGCAGGAGACAAGCUGGUGGUGGUGGACUUCACAGCUACGUGGUGUGGUCCCUGCAAAAUGAUUGGUCCAGUGUUUGAAGAACUGUCAGUACAACACAAGGACAAAGUUAUUUUCAUUAAGGUGGAUGUGGAUGAGGCCGCUGACGUGAGCAGUGACUGUGGUAUUAACUGCAUGCCUACAUUCCACUUCUACAAGAACGGACAGAAGGUGUUUGAGUUUUCUGGUGCCAACCAAGAAACGCUAAGGAAAAAAGUGGUUGAGCUGCAGUAGACCAAAGCUUCAGUGACCAAUUCAGUCUCCACCUGAGCAGCACUUCCUGUUGCCACCAUCAGCUCCUCUGUCCCACACAGGAAAUAUUUUAUUCCACUCGUGCAACACCUGACGGUCCCGUCAAUAGCUGCCGUAACACAUGGCUGAUGUAAAAACACAAACAUGAAGUCCUCUUUUAAUUCUGUUAAAAUUGCUAGAACUCUUGCAAACUGCUGUAUGGGUUUUAAUUUCCCCCCAAAAAAGGUGGAUUAAUAAAUGAUGAACUGAA